AUGUCCCUUAAAACACUAAAAAGACUCCCUCAAUUAAUGUUCUAUGCGGGGAUGAUAGCAGUGACCACGAUAUUAGUCUGCUUCUUGUUGGCCACAUUUUUAAACCACUACCCAACGGAACUCUUUUUGCCGUUUAUCUCGUUGACGGGAUAUAAAGCACCUGAGAGGUAUUUAUACGCUCUAGGUUUUGGGUCGGCUGGGGUUCUUUUCUUAUACUGUUCGUAUUAUAUCCACUACUAUAUUCUCAGUUUCACCAAUCUCUUCACAAAACAACAGAUCUCACGACUCUUUUAUAUCCUUUCAUCUGGUGUUGUGUUCUUCAUGAUCCACGCUUUCAUCCCACUUCAAGACGAUAUCAUCACUACCAAAACACUGACAAUAUGGAGUACAAUCCACCAAAGCAGUGCUGGUGUGUUCUUCAUGUUAGUCUUGCUUCACACUUCAUUUGUGUUUUAUUACACAAACCACAACGAAAACACGUUUAUCUAUUUCGAUGAGAGAGCCACUAAAAUAAGAAAACAUUGUGCACUGGGGUGCGGUCUCACUGUUGUCCUCGCAAUGGUGGUACACCCGACUACUGUUUCCAUUCUUGGAAAAGACUCUGCAAAAGUUGUCUCUGGUAUGGCGGCACUUGCCCAAUGGAUUCUGGUCGGUCUUAUUAUUCUCAUAUUUGUGUCGUACUCAAUGGAUGUCACCAAAAUCCUUCCACGUAUUGCUGAGAGUGAGACUGAGACACACAAGGAAAGAAAGGACUAA